GUUCUCAUUCCUCAUUCACAAAUUACUACAUACACAACUUUAACGAGACAAUGGACAAAACUAAGAAGCCAUUGAAGAGCGCGUUAAAAAAAACAGUCGUGUCAACGACCGCCACAAAGCCUAAUGUGAAAACAGCGGGUGUAAAACGCAAACACGCCUCUGCUGCCAACAACAACAACAACAACACCACCACCACCAAGAACAAUCCCAAAAGUGGUCAUGAUAACAAACGUUCCAAAGUCCAGACCAAUAGCAACAGCAAUAAGCAGAGUACAGGGAACACAUCAAAAGCACAGAAUGGGGCAGGCAAGAAGAAGAACGUCAACACUUCAGCUUUUAAUGCAAAAAAGAGCGCGCCUACACCUACACCGGUGAAGAAGCCUGUAAUUAAAAAACCCAAGAAGGAAGAAGUCAUUCCUGAAGGAGCAACCCUUGAGGAUUUUAGAAUUAUCGCGGGAACCUAUGAGAAUAUUCUCUAUGGUAUUGAUGCUUAUUGGAACGAGGAUAUGACAUUGAGACUGUCGCCCAUCUUCAUCUUUGCAGCUCAUAUCGGAUGUAUCAAAGCAUUAGCAAUCGGCGGCCACUUUCUAGCAUCUGGCAGUACGGAUGAAAAGAUUCAACUCUAUGAUCUAAAGCGCAGAAAGGAAUUAGGGGCACUUCUUCAACAUCAGGGCACGAUCACGACACUUACAUUCCACAAUAAGACACAUAUGCUCUCUGGAUCCGAUGAUGGGAAAAUCUGUGUCUGGAGAACCAAGGAUUGGGAAUGUCUCAAGAUUAUGAAGGGUCAUCAGGGAUCUAUUCAUUCGAUUGCUAUCCAUCCCACGGGCAAAAUCGCUCUCAGUGUCUCGGCUGAUAGAUCAGUCCGACUCUGGAAUCUGUUGUUGGGAAAACAGGCGAGCACGACAAGACUACAGGGAGAAGGCCUAAAAGUCGUAUGGAGCCCUAGUGGCACAGGAUAUUCAAUCAUGUUUGAUCAAGAAGUUGGCAUUUAUGAUAUGGCUACUGCAAAAUGCGUCCGCACUAUCAAGCCUCCAAGGAAGACUCGUCUGAAUACCAUGAUUUACUACAAAGACGAUUAUUUGGUUGUUGGUUAUGAGGAUAAGAUGAUUCGCGUCUACAAUACUGCCACAGGAGAUCUUGUCAAGACCCUUGUGGGACAUGCUAGCCGUGUCAAGGCUUUGGAUUUGAUCACAGUUCCAUACACUCCAGAAGAGACCUCCAACAAGGAGUUUGUUGGUCGCCCAGAGACCAAGAUGAUGGAUUUGUUGACGUCUGUUUCCACAGAUGGGACGAUUUUGGUAUGGAAUUUGGAAGAUGUUGUCAGUCCUGCAUCCACACCAGAGGAGAGCAACAUGAAGACAUUCAUUGGAGAGCACAAGACAGAUAUGCGUGUAACUUGUCUUUCGGUCCAAAAGGGUAUAUGGAAGAAUGUCGGUGUUGAGAGCGUGGGCACAGCAGGCGAGGAAGAAGAGGACGAAGACCAAAUCGAGGCCGCAAAAGAAAGUGAAGAGGAAGAGGAAGAGGAAAAGAAGGAUGAAGAUGAGGAUGAUAGUGAAGAUGAUGAAUAA